AUCCAUCAGUACUUCGUAAUAUCCGUAAUAAUCUACGGAGGAACAAAAAGAAAAGCUCUACAUCUGAGAUUUCUUUACUUUAAGAAAAAAAUCCCCCUCAAAAAUCUUUUGAUUUCGUUAAGCCUAACCAGUUUCUAAUGGAAGAUUUUUACUGCUCUUUUGUUCUUCAUCAAAUCAUGAGUUUCUGUUACUAUUCUACUCUGAUUUUUCAGAUAAGUUAUUAACACGAUUUGGAUUUCGUUUAAUUGAAGAUAAAAAUUGUUGUUAGGGUUUUCUGUAGAUUAUUAUUGUUAAUCGAUGUUUGCCCUAAUUUCUAUUUUCAGGUUGAAAAAAACAGUUGGUGUAUUUCAAGGAUUAAUUUGCAAUCAGAUCUGGAUAUAUUUAACACCUGGUGAAAGAACAGUGGGGUUUCAUUCACAGCCAAAUCAAGCUUUCCAAGCUUUUGCUUUGUUGCAAGAUAGCCCUGAAGUCCAGAUUGAAAGAAACAAUUGGUACGAUUUAAAAGAUUUAUUUGCAAUCACAUCAGAAUGUCAGAUGUGAUUCCAAAAGAUUGGAUGGAUGAAAGUGAUAUUUUUAGUAAAGUUUAUCGAGGUGGGGUUAGAUACUUUAUUAGUUUUGCUGUAAGAUAUGGUUACUCGAAGUCGAUAUGUGCCUGCCCUUGUAAUAAGUGCCGAAAUACAAAUACUGGAAAUUGAAAAAGUUAGGCAACAUCUGUUAGAGAAGGUUCUAAACAAGAGGUACCGUAUGUGGGCUUUUCAUGGCGAGAAAUCAAGUAAUAGAAGCACAGUAGGUUCAGUCCAAGAGGAAAACAUCAGCGAACCAAACAGGGAGGAAGGUGUGCCUGAAAUGAGAAGAUUGGUUGAUGUUGCAUUUGGAGUGCAUGAAAUGCCAUAUGAUGACAUUAGUAGUGACAAGGCAGGUCAGUUAGAAUCUUUAGUUGUAGAACCCGAACCUCGAAGUAACCUUUUCACAGAAGUUCAGAACAUUCAAAUACCAGCUUCGACAGAAUUAUUUCAAGAUAGCCAGAGGUAAAGCACAAAUUGAAGCAGCUAUUCAAGCUGGUUUGGAUCCAAAUGCGUGGAAAAGCAAAGAGGAGAUUCUAGCAAACAUUCCGAUGGGGGUUACUCCAAGUAAUUGGACCGCUUUCGUUGAGAAUGAGUUCAAAGAAGGAGUCAAAGAAAGCCAUGAAAAGAAAUCAGAGAACAAAAAGAAAUGCACAAUCCCUCAUACUCUUGGGAGGCGUACCUAUGCGAACAAAUGUCAUCUCCUUGCAGAAGAGGAUGGGAUGGUUACAGAGGAUCGCGAAUACGCUUGGAUGAAGGGUCAUGAAAAAUGCGAUGGAACUGUUCAUCCAUCAGCAGUUGAAAAAUAUGAACAAGUCAAAGCUGCCUAUGAGAAGCGAAAAGAGGGAGGAACUGACUGCUCAUAUGAUUUUGGUUCUGAUGGUUUAGUUGAUGUCUUUGGCCCAGAUAAGGGUAAAAGGUCUUUACGUGGCUUUUCCUCCAGCGUUUCUGCGAAGCGUGCUAAACAAGCAUUCCUGACUGCUUCUCUUCGCGAUUCUACAGUUAACAAUUGCAACUCCGCUGUCGUCGGAUUGAAAAAGGUCAUGGCACAAAAUAUAUCCAGUGACCAUCCGACAAGCGAAGAAACAAUCUUGGAUGAUUCUUGUAACCCUAACUCUGAGUUCCCUCCUGACUUCACUCCAGAAAAUCAUGCUUUUACCAGGAAUUUAGAUCCCAUGUCAGAGCCACAACCUUUCGACAAUUCUGGUUAUGAAGAGUCUUCAUAUCAGGGUGUGAAUUUGUUGGACAGGAAUGGAAAAAUAGUUGCAGUUGGAUAUCUGGUAACCGGUUUGGAAGGUGAAGUCUGUCACCACAGAAUUGUCCAAAAGAACGAGAGUAAAGUUCGCAUAGAACGUGUUUACGAUGAUUCUGCACCAAUUUGGGACCCUCCUCAAGGUGAUGACUUCUAUAAGCUAUCUUCUUAUGUUGCUGGUGGUUGGAUAAUAUGGCAUAAGAAGCGUCUGCAAUUUACAAAUUAAACAUUGUGUACCUUGUUACAGAUCAGUACUGUUAGGUAGAGUUUAUGUUUUAAUUUAUAAUAAUUUGUUAGUUUCUAUUGUUUAGUGUUUUAAGAGUGUAUUGGGGAUAUCCAGCGGAUGUUGAAACAUAUUUCCUUUUAUUAAUUUAAUUUCUAUCAUCUA